ACCAUUAUCCUAGUGUUUGCUUACCAAAUUGUUAGUUGGUUUGUUACUAGUAAGGAUUGGAACAUGCAUGGAGUGGCGGCUCUCGCCACACUGACAGAUGGCAUGGCCGGUUACAUGCUACUGUGGCGGGCUCUAGCGGUGCAUUGACGGGCUUCCUACUCGCCCUAAUAGUAGAGACUAAGACUUCCCCUCCCUGCCCCAAAUUCCGACAUGUCCCCCUUUAUUCCCCAGCGGUCGUUCUUAAUGACUCACGGUUUCGCUCUAUUUACAUGUUCCAAAUUCUCUCAUGAGAUUUCCAUCCCCAUCGCUAUCCACUGAUCUCGCCCAUGGAAGGAAAGGUGGAGAGAACACCAGAAAAUGACCCUUCCCUGCCCUAACUGGCUUCGCGUAGUCUUCCUCGCCCUGGAGAUCACGGUGUUCUUACCCCAACUCUUGCGUAUCUGGGUUCAAAAGACGAGCACCGGCCUCUCCCUCAUCUACAUAUUUUUGAAUCUUCUUAGUGCCACCGAACGGUUUACCGUCGGUUUCUCCGCAAUCGUCAACUACACCAUCGCCGGCGCCGAUGCGCCAGCCUUUUUCGUCCAUGAUCCGAGAACAGGAGGAGAUUGGCUGAACCUGUUGCAGCUAGGUGUUGAUUGGGUGCUGCUCUUGCUCUUCUUCAUUCUAUGUCUCACCUAUCCCCCUCCCCACUACCCCUACGCCAGUCAGCUACGCAUCCUAGUGGCCGUCCUGUACACGGCGUUCACCCUGAUCUCCGUCGUCCCACUUUUCACCGACACUCUCUUCCCCUCCAUUUUCCACGAACCGGGUGAACGUCAACUCAAUAUCGGCGUGGCCAUAUUUAUGGGGUUUCAUCUCUUUUUCCUCAAUACCAUAUUCACACUUGUCAGCAUCUGCUCGAUUAUUCCUCAGGCCGUCCAGUUCCGCUCGCUGCCGUCGAAUUCCAGUGUGCUGAGAGUGCGGAAUUGCGCUCUCCAAGGGGUAGUAUUGGCCAUGAUAGCUGUGUCGUGGGUGUUUCGAGUGAAACUCCCGGAUGGGGUCGAUGACCUAACGCCGUUCCGAUCCAUUAUUUGGUAUGUACGGGUAGGUUGGCCGGCCGGAGGUACAGGGAUAUUUGCUUUAGUCCAGGGGGGUUUGGCUGUCUUGGGGCUAGUAGGGAGAAGGAGAAUGGGUGGGAAGGGAGUGGCCGUAAGAGGGGGAGAAACGGAUCCGCUUCUACAAGCAACGAGGGAUGUGGUAGAGGAACAAGCUUAGAUGGACCUUUCUCCUUUACAUGUUGAGUGGUUUUAAGAG